AUGCAGCAGCCCGCAGUAUAUUUAUCUCUUCAGCAUUGACCACCCCCGGUUCAAUCGUCCGUCUUGCUCUCCUCCAGCCCCAUCAAUUGAACUUUUGAAGUUGGGGGCUUAUUUCAAACGAUUCCCCAUGCCGCACAGACAUCGAUCAGCAACCCAUCUCCCUUCAUGACGACCCUUUUGGCACAUACUGGUGUGCCGCUCUGGGUAUACAUUGUCCUUAUCGCUGUCGGCUCUACAGUACUGCUUCUCACCAUCGCCGCAUUGUCACGAUGGUGGUUUGUCCGUCGAAAAGCAAGCCAGAAACGCGAUUAUGAUGGCCUUACUGGUGCCACUCGUCACGUGACCUUGCGGAGAGGACGGGUGGUACCAACUUCGCAACACCUGUCUCUUACGGGAUCCAGAUUUGGAAUGCGGCAGUUUGGAAUGCUUGCGGACAACGACUCAACGCAUACUGGUAGGCGGAGUCCCUUCGAGUGGUGGAAUACCAUCAUAACCGAGAGAUCACAAUCUCGACAAGAUCAGAUGUCACAACUGGAGACUGGUUCUCUGACGCCACGCUCUGUUUACGGGUUCACAAGGCAGGAACUUGGCCCGACUACUCCUACCCAAACUCCUGAAAAGGACCAGGAUGCUACUGCGAGAACUUGGGAAGUGACACCACCUUCAAUCUCACCAAGUCCUUCGCCGUCGAGCCAGAAAACCGUCAACUUCUCCAGAGCCUUUGUGCCUCGAGUGCCGUCGUCUCCGGUCGCUCAAAGGUCUCAGUUUACUUUGUCACGGAUCUCAGAGAGAUCUCCACAUCAAUCGAUGAUCAGCCCCGCUGCUGCAGAUCGUCCAGAACGGUUGUCGUGUCACGACAGUCCACGGGAGAACACAACAGUAGCUGACCAACAGCAACAAAUUCUCUUCUCUCCUCAGUCAUCACCACGGCCCACUAUACCAACGUCAAAUAUUCAAUUUACUGCCAUGUCACCGACGUUCCGUUCUCAUCGACCUAGUCCUCUAUCACUAGACCCUCAUCCCGCACAGCAAUCAUCAAAAUUUAGCGCAUCGAUCAUCACCAUACAGCCGUACAGCCACACGCCUUCCCCGACUACAUUACGACCCCACACAGCGGAUGCUUCGUUGUACAAAGGAGGAGUUUCAGAUAUGCGCCCGUACGACGUUCCUGUGCCAGAUCUGGCCGUGCCCAAGCCAGUCAGACACGCCUCGAUUUCUCCAGAGUUGCAACAAUAUACGCAACCUAACUUGUAUCGUCAGCCCAGCAAGUCCCAACCAGAUUUGUCUCACCGUAUGUCUACAGUGUCCGUAUCUGAGUUUGGGAGUGGUGGGUCAUUUCCAUCUCCACGAAAGUCGACGUCGACGAUUGGUUCGAGUGGGAUCGUAUACGAGUCUCAAUUUCUCGACUGGUCAAUAAAUUCUGAUUUGCAAAAAUUGUCAUUCAGUCUCGACCGCCCGGCAGUACAACAGCCACAAGACCGAGUGCAUGAAGGCGAACAGGAAAACUUGAUGGGCAUCAUCACAGUUCCCGGGAAGAAUAGAACCAAAGUUCUGAGAAAAAAGUCCCUCGGAAGGCAGCGCCUGGUAACAUCAGUCACAGGGUGAUUAUGUCCAGCGAUGCGAAUGCGAAAAGAGUGCAGUGCACUCCUGCGGCAUGAUGGGCGCCAGUCUCGUCCUCAAUCACGCAGACUUUUGCUUGUUCUCAAAUUUGUUUUUGCGGCGACAGCCUACAAUGCCACGACGAUAUACGACAUGAAAGGCGGAUGUUUGUGAGGAUACUUUUUCAAUC